AUGGUUUCACAGCAUUGGAGUAAGCUUCCUAAUUUGAAAGGUUUAGAUGUUUCAAGAACUGACAUCGUUCCUGCUGCAAUUUUACGAUUGUUUUCAUCUUCACAAAGCUUGAAGGUCUUGUGCGCCUUGAAUUGCCCAGCCCUUGAGGAAGACACCAGCUUUGCUUUCAAUAACAAGGGUAAACUGCUACUUGCUCUUUUUACAGACAUUUUUAAGGGAGUUGGUUCUCUAUUUGCCGAUACCACAAAUAACGAGAAGAAUAUAUUUGCCCAUUGGAGGAAUUCAAUGAACCAAAAUAGGAAUUUGGAUGAGAUUAUGACUUGGCUGGAAUGGAUACUUUCACAUGCACUUCUACGUAUUGCUGAAUGCAAUCCCCAGGGUAUGGAUAAUUUCUGGAUCAGCCAAGGCGCAGCCCUAUUGCUCAGUUUGAUGCAGAGUAUACAAGAGGAUGUUCAAGAAAGGGCAGCUACAGGCCUUGCAACUUUUGUUGUAAUUGAUGAUGAAAAUGCUAGUGUUGAUGGUGGAAGGGCUGAAGCAGUUAUGCGGGAUGGUGGCAUACGACUUCUUUUAAACCUUGCAAGGUCUUGGCGGGAUGGGCUACAGUCAGAAUCUGCAAAGGCUAUAGCAAACUUAUCUGUGAAUGCCAAUGUGGCAAAAGCAGUGGCAGAAGAAGGAGGAAUCAAUAUUCUUGCAAAUUUGGCAAGAUCUAUGAACAGGAUGGUUGCAGAAGAGGCUGCAGGAGGACUGUGGAAUCUCUCUGUUGGAGAAGAGCACAAGGGCGCCAUUGCUGAAGCUGGUGGUGUAAAAGCUUUAGUUGAUUUGAUUUUCAAAUGGUCUACUGGUGGUGAUGGAGUUCUAGAACGUGCGGCUGGUGCUCUAGCGAACUUGGCCGCUGAUGACAAGUGUAGCAUGGAGGUUGCAGUGGUAGGUGGUGUACAUGCUUUGGUAAUGCUUGCUCGAAACUGCAAGUCAGAGGGAGUGCAAGAGCAGGCUGCUCGUGCUUUAGCUAAUUUGGCUGCCCAUGGAGAUAGCAACAAUAACAACGCUGCUGUUGGACAAGAGGCAGGAGCUCUUGAAGCACUUGUGCAACUCACACGUUCUGCCCAUGAUGGUGUCAGGCAAGAAGCUGCUGGUGCAUUGUGGAAUUUAUCAUUUGAUGAUAGAAAUCGAGAAGCAAUUGCAGCAGCUGGUGGUGUUGAAGCCUUGGUUGCUCUUGCACAUUCCUGUUCAAAUGCAUCUCCUGGUCUUCAAGAGAGGGCUGCGGGUGCUCUAUGGGGUUUAUCAGUGUCUGAAGCCAACAGCAUUGCUAUUGGACGAGAAGGUGGUGUUGCCCCUCUUAUUGCGCUGGCACGAUCUGAGGCCGAA